AUGAACCCGCCAAUACAAACAAAGGACCUCGACGAUCCCUACGUUGCGGACGACUUUCUCUCUCGGCUCUCCAUUGCUAACUGGAAAAAAAGCGAUGGCGUCUCCAAACAUCAGUUAUCUUACGGCGAUACUGAGGUAGUGCCCUGUCACAACGGAUUCAUCUGGGCUGCAGCAAAAGUCUACGACAGCGACUCUGCCCUUACCAUUCGGAUAGAUGAUAUGUGGCUUGCUAUGCUGGCACACCUGAAACCCGUGCUCUAUAGACAUUCCCGUUUCACGAGAAUUACGACUCUCUCAACGUUUACUAAUGAAGACCUCGAUGACCGAAUCUUGGUGGCAAGCCGCUUGACUGAUGUGGUCAAAACAAAACUUGGUGAUCCUUUGGCCAGCACUCUUAUGCCUAAUUUCAGCACGACCAUGCCUGUGGACACCACUUCGGCCGCUCUGUUUCUACUCGGCGACUAUUGCGAAUUUCGACAACAUCGGACGCUAAGUCCCAAGAAAAAUCGCUCUUUCAAGAAUACGAUUUUUGUGGGAGGGCCGCGGGACUGGAUCAGCUUGCGUCAGAAGCUCGCGCAAAUCAGAAUCUUGAGGAAGGAAUUGGAGCCCCUGGUUAACAGCCUUUCAGGUCUCGUGAACUUGAUCCUACAAGCUGGUCUUCAGCAAGACAACAGUCACAACACCGGGGAGCCUCCUUACGUUGCAUUGGAACAGAGCGGACAUUUGAGCGCUGGUUGGCUUCUUAACUUUCUCCAACCACUUGCAAAUAACCAGCCACGCUUCCACCUCGAUAAAGAGUCGCACCCUGCUGUUGCAACGCUACCUAUUCUGGUCAAGGAUGGCCAGGAUCUCCAUCAUCACACGAUGAUUGGAGGUUUACUCGGGUAUUCGACGUCGCCAAUUGUUGAUGACAUGCAGACUCAAACCGAACGACAUCUUGUUCAGCCUGUGUCCGGUUGGAUGACAUAUAACGACAAGGCCCCUACAGCUUCCACAAGGAAGAUGGCUAAGGAGCAGCAGGAAAAAUGA